UUGUUUUGGUACCUUUGACGGUUGUCCGAAAUCUAGCAACAAGAAAACCAUUACGUGAUUUUUUCCGACAUGACCUCUACCAAAACAAGCCUCCACCCAUUAUUGUCCAGUGAAUUUCCCGUUUCGACAAUUGUGCCUGGCAAAUUAUCGCCCCUCAGGAAAGCGUCUUCGCCAUAUAGCGGGGGCGGCUCAAACUCUGCGGUGCCGUCUUCGGCAGUCAGGAUUCGUUACGCCAAAUCUCCAAUAUCCAAAGUUUCUAGGAAUAAUACCUUCAUAGCGCCUUCGAGACGUUCCGAGCAACGGGAACCGGAUGGGCAGGACUUGCUCGUGCAUUUGCUACCGGACGAUGACGAUGCCAAGACACGCCUGGGCAAAACGAAAUGUUCCAGUGCCGGUGCCGUCGAGGGAAAGCGGGAACCGCAGCAGCUAGUCGAUGAUCACGUGGUAGUCGACAUUUUCAAGGGAGCCACGUUGAAGUUUUCGGAAGGCUCGGAAGAAGAUCAACUAAAACCUUCGGAUACGGCCACGUCCUCAGUUAUUGAAAAAUCUUCUCCUCCGGUCAACAAAAAAGUCCCCAGGCGAUUACCAGUGCAGAGCAAAUCUAACAUGAGUCGGUCCAUAAAGGCCCAGCGUUGUCUCAUUGGAACGUCGGAUGCCAAAACGAUCAAAUUCCUUCUGAAACUAACCACCAAAAGUUACUUUGAGGCACUUAAAUUUGAAAUCGAUCGGCUGAAGGAAAACGAUCGCAAAAUGCAAGAACAAACCAGCUCGCAUGCACGGUCAAUCAUCGCUCUGAUAAGCAGGGGCAUCGAGUUGGAUCGCAAGAUGGAACAAUUACAAAAUCAAAGCACCAGUGCCAUGCAAGAUGCGCAGGAGAAAGAUAACAAACGGCAGGAGGCAAUUAAAACUAUGAGCGCAGAACUCAACGAAAUGAAAUCGGUUUGCAACUUACUGUUGACAAGCAUAGAGAAAGAUCACCAGCUGAAGGAGUUGGCGCAAAAACUACAGAUUUCGGAACAGUUUGAACAGAAAAAAGAAAGCAGAAAAGCGGCUGAAACUAAAAUAGAGCGCAAAAAGAGUAUGUCGCGCAAUUUGUCAAGAAAGUCUUUAUCAAAGAAAAAUCCCAAAAAACAAAACACAACACGAGCCAAAAGUGAAUCUCUCAUCAACCAAUACAAAUCGAUCAAGCAUCUUCACCCGAUAGGGACACAAAAGCAGAAGGACAGCAAGGUUGCUUCGGUGAAAUCCAAAAGCGACUGGUCUUCGGUAUCUCGAAUGUCAACCAUCACCACGGGCUCCGAUAUGCUAACCGACCUUGAAUUCUCCAGUAGCGAAGGUUCGCGAAAAUUAAAACCAAACCCACCGCAGUCGAGUGAAGUAGCAGUACGAGAGCCAAUCUUUUUCAGCGCCAAAUUUAGCAGAAAGCAAGAACGAAGAAAAACGAAAAACUAGUAUAUUCAGAAUUUUUUGUUGUGGAAAACGGUCCAAAAAAAUGAAGAGCAAAUUUAAUAAAAAAGCUUAAGUGUAGAAACAGUUGUAGUUCGGCCAAAAAGUCUU